CUUAUAGGAGUUUAUUUAAAAAAUUCAGUUUUGGUUCUGCUUCCACAGCGUCAACUACGCCCAGAAACAUACAACUUCUGAAAAUAAUUUUCCAAUUUUGUAACAGAUUUUACCACGUUUAAGUGCUCGGCAAUGUUGCGCAUGAUUUCGAAAUGCUCAAAAUUCCAUCGCGGAUCCAGCUUCGCUUACCAGCUGGUGGGCCGGGAGCUGUGCCGCACCUAUGCCAAGGAUGUGAAGUUCGGCCCAGAGGUGCGUGCCAUGAUGCUGCAGGGCGUGGACGUGUUGGCUGAUGCUGUGGCCGUGACCAUGGGACCCAAGGGACGCAACGUGAUCAUCGAGCAGAGCUGGGGCUCCCCGAAGAUAACCAAGGAUGGCGUCACGGUUGCCAAGUCCAUAGCGCUCAAGGAUAAGUUCAUGAACAUUGGCGCCAAGCUCGUCCAGGAUGUGGCCAACAAUACGAACGAGGAAGCCGGCGAUGGCACCACCACGGCCACUGUGCUGGCCCGCGCCAUUGCCAAGGAGGGCUUCGACAAGAUCUCACGCGGCGCCAAUCCCGUCGAGAUCCGGCGUGGCGUCAUGCUGGCCAUCGAGUCGGUCAAGGAGAACCUAAGAAAGAUGUCGCGCCCGGUGAACACGCCCGAGGAGAUCGCCCAGGUGGCCACCAUCUCGGCCAAUGGCGACAAGUCCGUGGGCAAUCUGAUCAGCGAGGCCAUCAAGAAGGUGGGACGCGAGGGUGUCAUCACCGUCAAGGAUGGCAAGACCAUGAACGACGAGCUGGAGGUCAUCGAGGGCCUGAAGUUCGACCGUGGCUACAUCUCGCCGUACUUCAUCAACAGCUCCAAGGGCGCCAAGGUGGAGUUCCAGGAUGCCCUGCUGCUCUUCUGCGAGAAAAAGAUUAAGUCGGCCACUAGCAUUGUGCCCGCUCUGGAACUGGCGAAUGCCCAGCGCAAGCCCUUGGUCAUCAUUGCCGAGGAUGUGGAGGGCGAGGCCUUGAGCACGAUGGUGGUGAAUCGCUUAAAGGUCGGACUGCAGGUCUGUGCCGUGAAGGCGCCCGGCUUUGGCGACAAUCGCAAGGAGACGCUGGCGGACAUGGCCAUUGCCACGGGCGGUCUGGUGUUCGGAGAUGAAGCGAACAUGGUGCGGCUCGAGGACAUCAAGGUCAGCGACUUUGGACGUGUGGGCGAGAUCGUGGUCACCAAGGAGGACACCAUGCUGCUGAAGGGCCACGGCCAGCGGCAGAUGAUCGACAAGCGGGUGGAGAAUCUGCGCGAGGCCAUCAAGGAGACCACCUCGGGCUAUGAGAAGGAGAAGAUGCAGGAGCGCCUGGCCAAGCUCUCCUCGGGCGUGGCCCUGCUGCGCGUCGGCGGCUCCAGCGACGUGGAGGUGGGCGAGAAGAAGGAUCGCGUGAAUGAUGCACUCAAUGCCACGCGCGCCGCCAUCGAGGAGGGCAUCGUGCCCGGCGGAGGCACCGCCCUGUUGCGCUGCAUCGCCAAGCUGAUGGAUCUGAAGGGCGCCAACGAGGAUCAGAAUAUGGGCAUCGAGAUCAUACGACGUGCCCUGCGCAUGCCCUGCCUGACCAUUGCCAAGAAUGCCGGCGUCGAUGGCGCCAUGGUCGUGGCCAAGGUGGAGAUUCUCGACGGGGACUAUGGCUAUGAUGCGCUCAAGGGCGAAUAUGGCAACAUGAUCGAGCGCGGCAUCAUCGAUCCCACCAAGGUGGUGCGCACGGCGAUCAUCGACGCGGCCGGCGUUGCCUCGCUGCUGACCACGGCCGAGGCCGUUGUCACGGAGCUGCCCCUGGAGGAGGCCAAUCCCAUGGGCGGCAUGGGCGGCAUGGGUGGCAUGGGCGGCAUGGGAGGCAUGGGCGGCGGCAUGGGCGGUCUGGGCAUGUAGACUGCGCCAGAGAGGAAGAGUUACACAUAUAGAGGGAGAGGACAGGAACAGGAACUACAUAUGUAUAUGUAUAUAGAGACACACAGACUCAGGCAACGUUGGCUGUUCGUGGUUCAUUUUAAAAACUUCAUUUUGGCAUCUCCUUAACCUCAACCGCUUCCAGGCACACACACACAUUCACCCACCCACACACACACACACACACACCCCGACACACACCGACACACACACACAUCCAUACACACAUCAUUUAUGGAAUUUAAAUUUUAAGAUAUGCGCUCGAUUUCCUUUUGGCAGGGCGCAGCGAGGGGGCAGCUUUAACGGUUAACGGUUAUUAAUUAUCUAAUUCAUAUUCGGAUAAUGAACUAAACAAAACUCUUUAAUUACUGGACUGCAGAACUGAACGGCUUCAUUAAAACAUUUACCAACACUGCAAGCACGUACUCAACUCUUGCUCAACAUUUUCGCCAUUUCGAUUUGAUGACACUCGACCCAUACAUUAUUCACAUUACUGUUCGUUCCACUUUCAAAUACAACGAUUAUAACUAAAUUAUGAAUAUAUUUCAAUGUCAAAUAAAUGCUAAGCUAUUUAUUAUGAAA